UAAGCAAAUCUGAAUAAAAUAAGUAGGAAAGACCCAUCGAGUUGAGCCUCAAUCCACCGAGAAAUCCCCAAUCUCUGGAGAACCCUAGACCCCAAAUCCCCCGAUCCAUUCCUACGCCCAUCCAUCGGCGGCCGGUGGCCGGCGGCCGGCAAUGGUGUGACCUAAGGCGCAUCACAUCGCUCUUGGUUCCUGCUUCCAUGGAGCGCACGCGGGGGCAUCGGCGGCGAAAGCUCUCCGUCGCCGCCGGCGUCGGCGUUGGAGGUGGCGAGGACCGCCUCAGCGCGCUGCCGGACGACGUCCUCGUCCACAUCCUCCUCAAGCUCCGCGACGCCCCCGUCGCCGCUCGGACCAGCGUCCUCGCCCGCCGCUGGCGCCGCGUCUGGGCUCUCCUCCCGGAGCUCCAUUUCCCCGUCGGCACUGACCCCGACCGCAUCCGCGCCGCCCUCACCGCCCAUGAUGCGCCGGCCCUCCGCCACCUCUUCGUUGCCGGCAUCGAGGUCACCCCCGAAAUCGCUGCGGCAUGGCUCCCCAUCGCCGUGCGCCGCCUCUCUGGUGUCCUGCAUUUCAAGAACACGGGGGCCAUGAAUGAGGCCACCGCCGGGGAAAGAGGUACCUUGAAGUUGCCUUGCUUCGAGAAAGCAACCAAGGUCGUGCUCGAUCUACAUUCUAUUGGCCUCACCCUGCCGCCUUCCGGCGUAUUUACCCGGCUCACAGAUCUGGAGCUGGUUCGCAUACAUCUGCACGGUCCGUGUAGCCUCAGCGAUGUUGUCUCUUCAUCACGGUGUCCAUCUCUGCGUCGCCUUUCCGUUUGCAGUGUCAGGGGUCUGGACAACUUCACAAUCCAGUCGGAAUCUCUCCUACAACUGGAACUGAGGAAUUUGCAUACCUUGCAGCAGCUCAGUAUCGUUGCCCUGUCUCUGCAAAAAUUAAAAGUAUUCCUUUGCUUCACCGAUCCUCUGAAUCAAAGUCAACCAGUUGCCAACAUCUCAGCUCCUCAGCUGGUGACACUUGAUUGGAGGGGUGCUUAUGAUCCUCGCUCUGUUUUGUUUGGCGAGAUGCCAAAUCUCCAACAACUGACCACCAAUCCUCUUUGUGCAUAUGGAGGAGAUACAGUUUCUGCACGCAAUCAUCACAGCUUGAUGCUUUCACAGCAUUUUCACCAUAUCAGCAAACUUAUUCUCAUCCUUUUCUAUCUGCCGGUCCAUGGCAACGAACGAUUCUUGAUGGAAGAGAUGACAAAGUUGCCUAACAUUACCGUCUUGGGGCUGUUUGUAUUGGCAUGUGGACAUUCCUUUGGAGCCAGCUCAUUCCAUGUUCUCAAGAUGUCUAGCGGUAUAAGACAGCUCACGCUUCAACUUGUUACUCGGAGGGACUCUAAGGUGUGCCAACCAGGUUGCAUUUGUGCUGAACCAUCAAAUUGGGAAACAGAGGACCUCGUGCUACCUUGCCUCAAAGAAGUAGCAAUCAAUGGCCUGAGAGGAACUGAACAUGAACUCGCUCUUGUGAAAAGGUUAUUCAAGUGGGCGACAAUGCUAGAAAGGGUGACAGUAAGUUUCCAUGACUCGAUCUCUGAAAGCAACGACGAAGAGUUCCGCCAGUUGUUACUAAGCUUCUCUAGGCCAGCAAUAUGUAUGAAAUUUUCGCAUGGCGGAGGAAGUUUAUCAUUUGACUAGGACACCAACUUUGCCGAUUUACUAUGGUUGUCAGUUCAGUAUGGCGUACUUUUGUGAGACUGAACUUCGGUAACUUGUUCAAGUCCAGCAACUUGUUUCCAGCAUUUCUGAGACUGAUCUCUGGUAGCAUGUUUAAUUCUAGAACUUGUUUCCAGUAUCUGUGAGACUGAAUGCUGUAUAACCUCUUGUAACUUGUUAACUUUGAGACUUGUUUUUAGUAUUUGUGAGGCUCAGGUGAAGUAGUAACUUGUUCAAUUCUA